AUGGUCUUCAGCGGCCGCCCUUCCACAGCCUGCCAUGCUUGCCGACCCGUGCGGCGCAAGGUGAGUCCUUCGCUGAUGCAAACGCUACCCAUCACUCAGGCCUCAGGCAACGAAACUAAUCCAUCACCGGCCAGUGCGACCGCGCACCUGAACGUUGCUCCCAGUGUCGUCGCAAAGGCCACGACUGCCUGGGCUAUCCAGACCCCACUGCUCUACCCAAGAAGAAAGCGCACCAUCAUCAUCCCCCUAUCCUUCUACUCAGAAGCCAACUCGGCUUUUUCCCUGUUGUCUCUCACCACCCUUGACUCCUCCUACUCUUCAUCGUCAUCGUCAUCGUCAUCCUGCUCCUCCGCCAUUACUCGGCCGCUGCAUCUCAGCACAAACCAACAAGCCCUCUCCUUCCUCUUUCACGCCUUCAUCUCCGCGACACCCUUUGACGGCUACCUCGCGUCCUUCUACACCCCGCGCACCGCGGCCGACGCCGACGACGCCUGCGCCUGGGCCAUUGACGCCGUCGCGCUCGCCGCCUACGGCCGACACACCCGUCAGCCAGGGUGCGCCGACGUCGCACGCACCAAGUACGCCGGCACGCUCACCCGCGUCAACGACGCGCUCGCGGAUCCGGACGGCGCCGCGCUGCGCGACCGCACGCUCGUCGCCGUCCUCGUGCUCGCACUCUUCGAGGCCACCGCCUUCUUCCACCCCGCCAGCACGCCCACCAGCUGGGUCGCGCAUACCUGGGGCGCCAGGCAACUGCUGAUGCUGCGCGGGCCGCGGCGCUGCACCGCCUCGCCCGCCGCCCGCCGGCUCUUCUCACACACCAGCAACAACGUCAAGGCGAGCUGCAUCCAGCGCUCCGCGCCAAUCCCGUCGGCCUUCCUUGCGCUCGACGCCGAAGUCCGCGGCCUGCUUGACGGUCAGGAUCCGGCCGCCCGCCUCGCGCACUUUCUGCACGCCGUCAGCGCGCUCAAGGCCCGGUCUAACCGAACCCGCGCCUCUGGCUUGGUGGCCGACCCGUCUUCGCUCAAGGACUAUGCAUGCCACCACAUGGCCGACGUCGCCGUCGGCGUCCUUGCGACGGUGCCAAGUUUUGUGUACAAAGAAAAUGGUAGGCGCACUUUUAUGCCGCCCGGGAGGUGUCUCGGCUGGCCACUCGGUAUCCUAGAGAUGGGCACCGUGUGCCCGCCGGACCCGCGGCUGUAUGCGCGCAAGACCCUCGAGUGGCUGGCCGAGGACCUAAACCUGCCUCAAGCCAUUGGCCCGGACCGGCAUCCAGGCAGCAGAGAAGAUUGGCUUCAUCUAUUUCAUCUUGGCUGA